AUGGUGGGUAGAAAGAAGCGCAGCAGCAGUACUAGAAAUCAUUUUGGUGAGAUUGUACACCAUGGAGCUGGAGAUUUUGCACAGAAUAGCACUUAUCGCGAUUUUUCGAGUGUUAAUAACGGGUGUCGUAACGGAAACAUUGUGGAGUCUGGGUGUUCACCAAUAACAACAACAUUUAAUCGAAAAUUAAAGCAAUAUAACAAUCAUUCUAAUCAUAAGAAUCAGAAGAAUAUGAUCAACACCAGUGCUGUGGUAAAUAUGAACGAAAAUUUUGUCGCAAGGGGCAUGAGUCGAGAAACAGGAUCAGCAUCAGGGGGCAGUGUUAUCUCUUGUGAUGUAGAUGAGGACGAAAGUUUAUCAGCAUCUGGUCAAGAAGUUGAUUCUGCUGGCUUUCGCUUUGUUAAAAAAUGUAGUGUAGCGCUAAUGACCGAAAAAGAAAGCACUUGCUCAGUGGGUACGCAAACAACUGAAGAUAUGGAUUCAGAUUUAUUAUUAUCUCUAUGUAGUGCAAAGUGCUGGCAACGAAUUCAUAUUAUUGCGGAAGCAAUUCAAUGCUUAAAUGCUUAUGAGCAAAGAUACAUAGCAACAUGCGUUGAAGCAUUAUUGCGUGCGAAAUCAUUAUAUAUGAGGCACUGUGAAUUAAAGUACAACAGUGUUGAUUUCUUACAAAAUUCAAUUGCAACAGCAUCUUGUAGUCAGCUUCAAGAGCUUGCGUUUCCAGUAUUGUGCCUCUUGCAUUCAACAAAUCGUUCGGCAGCAGCUGCUUACAUGGGAUUGAUAGAACGAUUAUUUGAGGAACUUAUUUGUGCAUCAGUUCAAAAACAACCUUUCGAAAAACAAGAGUUAAUGGAUUUGGUUCGGUUUUUCGAAAAAUUUAUAAAUCAAAAAUUGCGUUUGACGGUUUCGGCUGCACAGCAUCAUGCAGCAUUUUCUGUGGAUCAUAAAAUCAGUCUUGCAAAAAUUCAAACUGAUCUGGACAAUCUGUUACCCACUACGAACGAAAACCAACGGAAUUGGGAAGCAUCUACAUCUGAGAGUGACUCUGAUGUACCCAUCGUUAUAUCUAGACUAGAGGCUCAUAUUUCGAAUGAAGAUUCUUCACCAAAUAUAUUUUCAAUCGCAAUUGAAUGGAGUGAUCUAAAAACUUCGUAUAUUGUCAGAACUGCGGAUCAGAUCGCUGAUUUGCACAAUCGAUUAUUGGAUAGUUUCCCAAGUGAGGCAGGAGCGUUAACGGGAAAUCCUCGUGUUCUUCCAUAUCUAAAUCGUUCACAACCUGGCUCUAUUUUGGGUUACAUUCGUGCACUGCCAGAUCUUCCAGCUCGUGUAUUGGUAUGCCCAAUAGUACGUGAUUUCUUUUAUCCAUCUCGAUUAGAAAGCUCAUCACUUUCAUCAAUUCCUCAAUCAUUAUUAUCACAAUCGCUGUCUUCCUUUAAUGAUUUAAAGAAGCCUACAGCAUAUAGGCAGACCAAGUCAUCGUCUAAUCUGUCAGUACCCGAAGUAUCUGUUUGUUAUCAUCCUUCGUUACCAGUUACAACAGGUUCUGUUGGAGUGAUGAAUUGCACGAGCGUAGUUUGCCCACCAUUUUCUCUCGCAAGUGUACCUCCUCCACCACGUAGUCAUCUAGUAUCACUGGCAGCAACACGACAGUAUUCUCUAAUGUCUACAACUACAAGUGUUCCGACUUAUCCAUCAUUUAUCUCACUACCUCCUAAUCCUAAUGGAUUUUUUUGUUGUAAUUGCUCUGGUCCCCAUCAGUUUGCUUAUUGUACUCAACCAACAAUGUUACAAAUUAUCGCAAGUGGUGAAUAUAGAAUUGAUUAUUCCAAUGUUACAACAAAUUCCAGCAUAUUGCCACUCGAUGUAACGAAUAAUAUAUUAGUCACAAGUUCUCUUUCACCUACAAGGAUAAAAUUUUCUACACCACCACCAGUUCCAAACUCGCGUUAA